GCAAGUUCUUGGAUGCUGGCUUCCACCUAGCAAAUCCUGACAAUGAAACAAUCACCCCAGUAGCUAAAGUCCCUGCUAUCAUUCCUCAAGGAAGGCCUAUUUGGAUCAAAGGCACAAUCACUUUGGUUUUAGAAAACUAUAGCCUCUGGUAUGUUGCUUGUAGCCAUUGUGCCAAAAUAAAAUACGCUGGUUGUGAUGCAAUAUUUCACUGCAUGAGUUGCGGUCAAGAAAAUGCUUAUGGCGUUCCAAGGGCCAAAUUACAUGUCACAAUCGAAGAUGAGACAGGAUCUGUCAGUGGAAUAAUGUUUGGCUUGUGCGCUGAAAAGUUAUUGCUUAUGACAAGCAAGCAAGUCAUGGAAAUAGAAUCACAGGGGAAAAAAGCUUCAUUCCCAUACAUAAACAAGCGUCUUGCUAAGGAAGAGUACAUAGUCCAGUUGAGGUCUUCACCAGACAAUUGGAGUUCAAAAAACAACUAUCCUCGUACUUCAAAGACAUCUUAUAUCAUAACAUCUUUGCACGAGUCUUCGUUGCACACAAUAAAGAUGAAUGAAGCAAAUGUUGCCGAUCACACUGCACCCAGUGAAAGCACAAGCACUUCAAGUCCUCCAAUGAAACGCAUCAAAACAGUGUGACGGAAAAUACACAACCAUCCAAACCAUUCCAUGACUCACCAAAUUGUGUUAUUACAUUCAAAUACUUUCAUUUUUGCAGUACUAUGUUCCAUUUUGAUUUUUGAAUGUUAUCUCUCCUGCAACCAUAAACAUAUUUUCCCAUGAUACACUACUAAGCUUGUUUCCAU